AUGGAUGAUCCAGCGCUCUUUGUCCUCUCCUCAAGUGACAGUGGCGACGAGGAGGUGGCCGGGGAUGACACUCUGCUGAGCCAAUUCUCGCCAGGAAACCUGUCGGCAGAUAUUCCCGCCCCACGUCGUGCUGCUGUCGCUGCUGCUGCUGCUGCUGCUGCGGACAGUGUGGCGUUGUCCAUGGAAGAGGUUCUCUUCGGCGACACGGCCGUGCACCGCCGUGCACCACCACCGCCGCCGCCGCCAUCCGUGCGGGUUCACGAUAGUGACGAGGACUCCCUUAGCAGCGGUAGGAGUGGUGGUGAUGCACUGCGGGAAGGCAGCACGCAUGGGAUACGGUUGAUGGGUACCCAGACCGAGAAAGAGGAGUUUGUGGACAUGGCGGUGCUGCGGAGUAUGACGUGCGCCGAUGUGCGGGCGGUCCUGGAGCCUUUUUUCCAGCGGAAUGAACUAGCACGGGUUCGCUUUGAUCAGGCCCGCUCGCAGCUUGCGGAGGCAAUGACAGAGAAUGCCGGGAAGGUGAACAGGAACGUAUUGGAACGGUGGCGGCGCUUAGUGAACAUUUCGAAUUGGGGUGACGGGACUUCAACGAGCGAUGAUGUCUUGUUUCCAGAAGUGUUGCUUCCGCCGGUAUCGGAUGUCCUUGGUGUGCCGGAAGAAAAGCCAUCAACGGCAGCAGCAGCAGCAGCAGCAGUAGGAGUGGCGGAACGUCAGCUACGACCGCACCAACUGGCAGGCAUCCGUUUUAUAUGGAGUGCCCUCGCAGAGGGGCCUGUUGGCCGAGUUCCUGCCGUCGGUUGCAUCCUCGCGCACACAAUGGGUCUUGGCAAGACCUGUCAGGUCGUCGUCUUUCUGCACCUCUACCUCUGCCUGCCUGGGCGGCAUCGGCACCGCGUGCUGCUCGUUGUGCCCAAGUCGACGCGGUCCGGCUGGCGUGGGGAGUUUGCAGCGUGGUCGCAGUACUUCCCGCUCGCGCAGCGCGUCACGCCCGCCGUAAUUGAUGAGCGCGACAGCCCGAAGCGGCGCGCUGACGUGUACAGCCGCUGGCGGAAAGGAGGAGGUGUUCUCCUUGUCGGAUACGAGAUGCUUCUCGGCCUCACAAAGAAUUCCGCUGAGAUGGCUGUGCGGCGGGAUUGGACGGAUCUGCUUAUUUGUGACGAGGCGCAUAGGCUUAAGUCGGCGAGGUUGCAGAUCGUCACCGCGCUGCGUGGUCUGCACCCGCUGCGGCGCCUCCUCCUCACCGGCACACCGCUGCAGAACCACCUGCAGGAGUACUGGGCCAUGGUAGAUUUUGCGGUGCACAAGUACUUUGAGCGGCGCCGCUUUCAGGAGUUCUUUAUCAACCCCAUAGAGGCCUCUGUUGACAAAAAAGCCACACCAAAGGAGGUCGCCGCGGCACGCAUGAAGACGUUCACGCUGAUACGAGAGCUGCGGCACUUUGUUCAGCGCGUCGAUAGCGCGCCACUGCAACAUGAGCUUCCGCCAUUGCAUGAAUAUGUCGUCGUCGUCCCUCUUUCGCCGAUGCAGGUGCGGCUGUAUAACCAGUUUCUGCGUCUCGUGCGUGUAGAGCAGGCCAAAUUCAACUUUCUGCAGGCAGCGGCGUAUGCCAACAAAAUAUCUGCUCACCCGCAGCUGCUAUUUGCUUCUAAUCCCGCCUCCCCGGUGAGGGAUAUGCUGGGUGGCAGCAGCGACAGUAGCAGUGCUAGUUCCGAUGAAGGGGAAGGCGAAUCGGUUCGCCGCACGGCAUUUCUCGCGGCAGACAGUAAAGGAUAUAUGGAGCUGUGUGAGUCCCCGGAGAAUUACACUAUGGUGCCAGAGGACGGGGCGAAGUUGUACCUCGCCAUGUUGAUAAUCAAGGCAGCUACGCUGCGGGGCGAGAAAACGUUGCUUUUCAGUCUUUCAACGAAGCUGCUCGAUCUCUUCGAGUGCAUCAUUGCCGAGAUGAACCGUCGCUGGCAGAUGGAAGGAUCCUUGUCUCGUCCUAUUCGCUUCUGCCGACUGGACGGUAGCAACAGCGGUGCGGAGCGGGAGGACACGCUGAAUGCCUUUUGUUCCGCAAACGGUGCAGAUGUAUUUCUUCUGAGUAUGAAGGCAGGUGGUGUUGGCAUCACCAUCACUGCGGCUACGCGUGUGAUUCUCGCCGACAGCGGCUUCAACCCUGCCGACGACCGACAGGCGAUCGGCCGCGCGUACCGCUACGGACAGACGCGUCCGGUCUUCGUGUACCGUCUCGUGUGCCACCACACCCUGGAGCACCGCAUGUUCGAGCAGAAGGUGGCGAAGGAGUGGCUCUUCCACACGGUGGUGGAGGAGGCCUCGCUGAAGCGUGACGCACUUGCUGGCCUGCGGCUGCAGUCAAUGUUUCAACUCCUUAGUCGCACACGGGCGGUGUCGAGUGAGGUGCCGAUGCUGACAGACACGCAACGCCGUUCUACAGCGCUUCUCACUGCUGAGGAUAGCGUGCUGGCGGACGUGGCAGGUCACAUUCUCUACGCGGAAUCCCACGCGGACUUCCUGCAGCAUGACGAAAUGGAGCCGUAUGGCAACGAGGAGCGGGCCUUCUACGAGGAGUACCAGAAGACUGGGGUCUUUAAUGUUGAUGGGGGCGGCGAAGAGGAUGUGCAGCGCCGCAGGCGUCAGCGUGAGGAGCACCAGCAGGAUGUGGCGGGGCAGGCUAAGACACUCACGGCGUUAGUGGACGACAUCAUCCGUACCCGCUCGCGGGACGAUCCGCAGCUGCGCCACCUGCUGCGUAUGAUGGGCAUCACGGUGGAUGAGACUGGGGCCGUCGCGGUGGCUGCUCCUGCGACAUUGCUGCCGCAGCUACAACCAUCAUCGCCACAACAACAACAACAACGGCAAAAGGCGAAGGAUGACAGCACUGGCGAAGUCGACAUGGACAACGGUGAUGGGCGGCACCGGAAGAUGACGCGAACGGAGGCAACGUUGCGUUUGCGGCCAGUCGUGGUGGAUGACUCCGAGGAUGACUUGGCUCUUCUUACAGCUAAGAAAAACAACACCGUCGCACUGGUGGAUCCGUCCAAAUACGAGCCGUUCCGGCCUGGACGGGACUCCGCAUCUGCCAUUCUAAUCGAUGAGGAGGAAGUGUAA